GACAGAGGUACCCAAGCAAUCGACUUUUGUACAGAGUCUCCCUCUGGUAAAGUACUUGUUAUUAAUUAAAUUUUUAUAUUAAUUUCAAAAUAUUACGAUACGACGUGAAGUUAGUGUCUUCAUUAGUAUGAACUGUGCCAGAAACAUACCUACCCUUUGUUUCAGCAUCAUCUGCCGACCUAAAAUAAAACCAACCCUUGUUGACAUGGAGCGCAUGAAAAUAAUAACAAGCGGCGCGCUCCCACUCCAACACUAACGAAACGAAAGAGAGAAAAGUAACGUUCACUGCGCGAGCUUAAAGUUGGCUGCCAUUUGUUGAGUUGCCGGCGAGUAAUUGUUUGCUUACAUACGCUACUCCGCCGCUAGGGCUCGUCGCGUGCGGACGUCUCUUUCGUCGUGUACAAAUAAAAUACGUUAACCGCAAACUCGCGUGAAGUGCUCGUGCGUUCGAUAUUCAAAAAGCGUGUCCGUAUUUCGUAAUCCGUGACUGUGACUUUAGUUUUUAUGUGCUCGAUAUGAAUUAGCAGAGAAUAAGAUUUUGCCUUUUUCUUUUGUUUUGAAUUUGGAACGUAAAAUCUUUUUAAAUGAUGGGCGUAAGCAGCUGCAUGAGCGUCCGGCAGGCCAGGGGACCGUGCCACUGCCCCGCGUGCCCCAGAGCCUCGGGGCACGGGGCUCCCGUACCGCCACAGACGCUCGUGCUUCCCCCAAUGGCCCUCGAACCAGAGACAACACCUGUCAAAGAUAAAAAGGGUUCAAAAAUGAAAGUGCUGAAGAAAAUCAAGAAAAAGAUCGGCCUCGCGCCCCGCACCUCCUGUACAGGGGGGACGCCAAACAACCUCCCGCCCCUCAGCUUCCACAGCGUCCAUGGGGAGAACAUCCGGGUGUCCCGCGAUGGCUCCAUGGCCAGGCGUGUGGAAAGUUUCUGCAAGGGCGUCGCGUUCAGUGCCCGACCAGUUAGAGUCAAUGAGAAGGUGUGCGUCCGCUUCGUCGAGAUCUCCAAUAGCUGGAGCGGAGUCAUACGUUUCGGUUUCACUACUCACGAUCCAGCCACCCUCGCUCACGCCCUUCCUAAAUACGCCUGCCCUGACCUCACCAACAAACCUGGCAACUGGGCCAAAGCUCUCGGCGAAAGAUUCUGCGAGAAAGACAACAUUCUGCAUUAUUACGUCAAUUCCGCUGGGGACGUCCAUUUCGGAAUCAACGGUGAAGAUAAGGGACUGUUCUUCUCAGGGGUCGACACAAGGAACCCUCUCUGGGCGUUGGUAGAUGUCUACGGAAACUGCACAGCGGUUCAAUUCGCGGACCCAAGAGUGCCGAACCAAAUCAGAAGACCCAACCAGAGUCCUAUAGAGGAAGACCGCUUAGUCAGCAACAUGAGAUCUUUAAGCAUCGAAGAGGCACUACCCCCGCCAAGAUACGCAAAUCCCCUCGUCCCCCUUAGUCUGCACAGAACGAAAGGGCGUAAUGUCCAGUUUGUCAACGAUAGGGGAGUAGCGGCGAGAACCGAAGCGGAAUUCUGCCAGGGUUACGUUUUCACCGCUCGCCCGAUGCGUCCGGGACAAACCAUCGUCGUCCAAAUACUCGCAACGGAGUCGGCAUACGCUGGAAGCCUCUCAAUUGGUCUAACUUCCUGCGACCCGGCUACCUUAAGGCCGUGCGAUCUGCCGGAUGAUGCGGAGUUGCUAUUAGACCGUCCAGAAUAUUGGGUGGUGAGGAGAGAUGCUGCGAAUGGUUUAAGAAGAGGUGACGAGCUAGCUGUCACCUUGACCAUGGACGGAGAGGUCCGUGUGAGUAGAAACGGGUCCACUCCUAUGACUGUCAUGCAUGUGGACCACACUUUGAGGCUGUGGGCGUUUGUGGAUAUAUAUGGGGCCACGCAAAUGGUCAGGAUGCUGAGUUCCCAGGUGACUCAGCAAGCGCAGACGCCUCCGCAACAACUAAGGGUGUUGACUGGGUCGGCAGCACCGAUAACUACAGGGGCAGGAGGCACUGUGCUUGUGGUGAGCCUGCCACCGCAGAAUGGUGCUCAGAACGCGGCGAAUCAGCAAGGGCUCACGUUGGCCAGCGCUCAUUAUAUCGAGCCAAUCCAAGCCUCGUCUCAACUGUGCUUGGCCGGCCUCCAACCCAUAUCGAGCCCCCCGUGCGCUCCGAUACCACAGCAACCGUUCCCACGUCCGAGAACAGACGCGCAGUGUUCAUCCACCAGCCAGAACAACUGCAACGAACAGGUCCAAAUGCCCAACGGCCACACCGAACCCCUGAGACUGGCUGAUAGACUUCAAAACGGACCAUCGACCAGCAGAGGUCACAACAUCUACUCUGUCAUCGGCGAAGGUAACCUUACAGGAACUGAAUGCACCAUUUGCUACGAGAAUCCCAUAGACAGCGUCUUAUAUAUGUGCGGACAUAUGUGCAUGUGCUACAGAUGUGCUGUACAACAGUGGAGGGGGAAGGGUGGGGGUCAGUGCCCCCUCUGUCGGGCACAGAUCAAAGAUGUUAUACGCACAUACAAGUCCUGAUGUGUUUAGAUGGCGCUGUUAUGUUAUGCCAAAAAGUUGAGGUUACAUGUAUUAUAUACUCUGUGGUGAACGAUUUGGCGCGAAUUUCACGUAUGCAUGUGUGUGUGUGCCGUACGAAUGGAUGAUUAUGAUUGUGUUGGUAUGUUCUUAAUUUAAGUUCUAAUGUAUUGAGCUCGGGAAGCCAAAUAAGCUGAGGUGUGGAGACAAAUCGAUUGUGUAAGCGAGAUAGUAGAUAUAUACUCCUUAAAUACACGAAAGAGUAAGCAAUAUUCUAUCCGUUUUCUUACUACUAAAAGUCUGGUGAAACAUAUCUUAUUAUCUAUACUUUUCAUUGUAUUUACAAAUUUAUUUGCUACUUAUUAAUUGUCGUAGAUACAAUACGUGAAAUUCGCGCCAUUUUUUAUUCUGGAACGCUAAAAAAAUAUUGCUUCCGUCAUCAACCAAUGAUGAAAUGAUUGUCAUUAAUAAUAUCAGUCAACUCAAUUAAUUUAUUCAAAUUAAAAUAAACAGCUUUAAGAUUUAUAUGUGGCUGUAUGAGUUAGAAACUUUGCCUCAUCUUUGACAGAUGAAAUAAAUCAGUUGGCGGGUGUUUUUUUUUUAAUAAGGAAAAAAUACUGGCGAUAUUUUAAUGGCGUUCCAAUACUUUAUAUAAUUAUACUGAUAAUCAAUGCACUAGUGUAUAUUUAUGACUUAGUUAUUAGUAAGAUAAGAACAUAAUAGUGGAAAUAUCAUAAAUAAUAUAUAAAAACAAUAUACCUAGGUGUUUUAGGUUCGCUUGUUAGGAAAAUUUGAUUUUGGAAUAAUAUUUAAAGAGAAUUGAGAAUUAUUUUAGAUGGUAAUUUUGAAUGUUUUGAAAAAAGUCGGGGAAUUCGAAUAUGGAAUCUGUAAAGUAUUCUGAAUUUAAAAUGCAACUCAUUAGACGAUCAGGCCAUCGUAACGUGAAUAUUGUUGUCAGGUUUUAAUUAAAAAUAUCUACGAUACAUAUUACACCAAUUAAAAGUUUCUUUUUUUUUUUAAUUAACAAAAAUACCAACCAAUAUAUUUCAUAUAUUACCUUGGCUUUCAUAUAUUACCCCAAUGUUUAGGACAAUUUUACAUUUUUAAUUUAAACCUGGCAACACAUUUUAUGACUGGUAAUGACUACUUAUGUAAUAGAUGUCCGUAACUAUUCUACAAUGAUAUUAUGGUGAACUUUACCAUUAAUAUUUAAAUAUAUUGUUAUAUAAUUUGUACUAGAUACUUGUAGAAUUAUAAUAAAAUAGGUUUAUUUUAGGCCAAAACAUUUCAUGGAUCAGUUGAUAUUAAUAUUCACAACAAACGAUACCAAAAAGUUUGAAAUUAAUGCAUAUAUAUAUAUAUAUAAAGGACAUUUGAUAUAAAUAUGCAAUAAUGUGAUUAAACAGAGGAUGUUAUCGUUAAGUUAUAAAAAAAAACUACUUAACAAAUUUAUUAUCCAUUUUUUUUUUCGUAAUUCAAUUCUGAGGUCGUCUAUUUUUUUUUUUAUCUUUUUUUGAACAUAAUACUCAAAAGGACAGAGACACAUGAGAGAUAUUUAAAAAAAAUCUUGUUCUUUAUUGUCUUUGAUUUUUACAUAGAUAAAGAAAUAAUUCUUUAUCUAUGAGUUGAUUGAUACAAUAGAACUUCUAUCUACGAUUAUAAACUUUGAAAAUCAUCUGACGAGGCUACCUGUAUUAAAAAUAUAUGUACAUAUGUAGUAUAUAAUUGCUAGUGUAUUAUAAUGUAUCUAUGAGUCCGAAAACGGUAUUUAUAUCUAUAUGAAAUUCUAAUGGUCAGGCUGUAUGACUUAGUUCCUUUGCCUUUUCCAUUGCAGAUAAAUUAAUCGUUCUGCUACUAAUCUACGUGGAAUAAUACAUUAUUCUGAUUAUGAAAUACUCUAUGAUUUUUUUUUUAAUUAUGAAUCUGUAAUGACAUAAAUCUGACGCUAUGUGCAUAAGUUCUCAAAAAUGAUAUAAUAUAAUAACAAUAAUAAUAAAUACCUUUAAUAAAAUAAAAAAUACGAAAGUAUAUAUUGAUUAUUCGAUUAUUCAAACAUUGCGACAAAUGUCUAGUUGCUUUUUUUUUUUAAUUUGUAACGAACACUUUGUUAACGUAAUCUGGGACAUUUACGUAUAAGUCUAAAGCUUAAUCACUCGAAUAUAACGGAUCUGUUUAAAAAUCACAUAAGAGAUACAUGUGUCGAUGAAAACAGGUAAAUUGGGAUCAUCGAUGAUCCAUAAUAGUUGUGAGGAAUUGAAUAAGAAUUAAUCCCGAUGGUUUCCAGGGAGAUUGAUCUGGCCAGGGUAUAUUGAUAGUAAUGGGGCCCUUACUCCCCAUUUUUAACAAUCCCUUCCCCCCCCCCCCCCCCCACUGACCGAUAGUUGCAAGUAUAUAAAUAAUAUUCCAAAAGAAGGACAAUUUGAUAUAAAUAUUCGAAAGUAUUGAUAGAAUUGACGUCACGGGUAACUCCUAGGAACAAAAAUUGAGAUGCGUCUUUUUUUUAUAUGAUGUUAAUAUUAAGUUGAUGACAUAUUAAAUAUUAAUAUAUAAUAAUAUAAAAUAAAAUGGCAAUUGUCUAAAAAAGAUUCGUAUACAAAUUAUAUGGUAAUAGAGGUACCAAAGGAAGUUGACCACAAAAAAAAAAUUUUUUGUUUGCCGCCAAAAAAUCCAGAGUAGAUUGUAAAUAACGGAAAAAAAAUAAGAUCGUUUAUGUAACUAUACUUAUGUUUAUGCAGUUAAAUUGUUUAUUGAGUAAUGUUUAGCUGAAAUCUUUUACUAAUAAAGGAUAUAUAAUUAAUCCUAAGAUUGAUUUUAAAUCGAUAUUUAUUAACUGCACACAUCUCUUCUUUUUUUUUAAUCCAUUUGAUUUUAUUAUCUAUAAAAAAAAGGUCGGACUAGGCUGUAUGAGGUUUAUACCUUCGUCCACCCUUUUACAAAUUACAUAGAAAAAUUAACAAAAAAAUAUCUCUGAUUGUUGAUUUUUAUUGUUUGUGUUUUUAGGCGGAUUAUUCAGAAUAUAGUUUGUACAAAAUAGCAAUAAUAAAAAGAAAAAAAUGAUCCCUUUUAGGGAUGUGUGUAGACAAUUUCGGCUGCGAACUACGUAUUUACGUCCAUGACUUACCGUGAUAGAUUUAAUGCAUUUAAUAAUUUAGCAAGCAUAUAAUAAUAAUUAUUGAUAUUUCUAUUGUUAAUGUUACCAAUAAGGCGUACUGUCGGAGCGGUAGGAGCUGUGCUACAGAAGCAAUUUUACACAAAAUCAAAUCAAAAGUUAUCUUAGACAGUUUUUUCCCGACCUUCUUCCCAAAGACAAUUGUCCCCCCCCCCCCCCCCCCCCCCCAUAGUAACUCGACUCAUACAGCUAAUAACAUUAAAAAAAGAGCAUAUUCCUCUUUAAAAGGCUGGCAGUACAUCUGCAAUUCCUCUGGUGUUGUAGAUGCUGAUGGGCAGCGUACCAUCAAGUGAGCAUGUGGCUCACUUGAUUUUAAAAAAAAAGACUAGAUAAAUAUAUUUUUCGUAUUUCGACUGUUCCGGGGGUCUACCAUGAAAUGAAAUUCCGAAUUUUCGGGCUCAAUUUCGUGUUUUUGUUCGUACCUAAAUCAACCCAGUAAAUGGAGCUUAACGUUUCGUUCAUCAUAAAUCCUAUCCUAAUAGUCCAGAGGAAUGAUAUUUUAAUAUUUUUAAUAAUUUUAAGCGGCAUGUAUUAUGUAAUUUUGACAUCAAAUUUCUAUUUCGUUCGUCGAAAAUAUUUCAUGGUAAGCCCUCUGUUUACUACUAAGAUAAUUAUUUUUUCAAAAUGGUUUAAUUUUUAAUUCUACUAAAUAUCAAUAUUAAUAUACUUAACAGAUAUUUUUUUGAUGUAAUAUGUAAUUCAUAAUAACAACACAAAUUUAGGUAAUUAUAAAUAAUCUCCCAACGCACCAUUAUCGAGGCAGCGUGCCCAAGAUACUGGCAGUAUUACCUCUUUGGAUUGCUAAACUUAAUAUUUUGCGCAAAGUAGCUCUCGGGUCACCAGUAAGCUCGAUGAGCCGGUGCGAUCGUCCGAUAGAUACACUGAAUAAUUUAGAAAUAUUUUUAAAAUCUUAGAUUAUAUAGAUAGAGAAUCGAGCCUCAAAAACGGGUCAACUUUUUGUCAGCUAAUUGUCAAAUUAGCUGACUCGUUUUGUUUACCAGUGUUCUAUAUACUUACGCACACAAUGCACCUUGACGUAUCUAUAUUUAAUUAUGUAAUAAAUAAAAUGAGUGUUUACGCAUUAAAAAGAUGCAGAAAUUAUAAGACAAAAUAAAUAUAGAAGUUAUAAAGGAAUCACUCAUAACUAUUUGUGAUGUAAAAUUGUAUGAAAAAGUUGACCCGUUUUUCUCGAAGCGUUUGUAUGGAGACACUCUAUCUAUAUAAUCUAAGUUUAGUAUCGAUAAUAAAAUUAACAUUACAGUAAAAGCUACCUAUCGCUCCGGUCCAACAAACGGGAGUUCCUAAAAAAUGUCUUUAUGUUAUUUUCUCUAGAAAGAAGAUUAUGAAUUUAGCCGAAACGAGCUGGUAGAUAUCAAGCUACUACGCUAAUGCCACUGCUAAAUAUCACAUAUCGCGAAUAACGAAUGACAGGGGAAAAAUUAAAGAGUGUUAGGUUAGAAUUUAUUAGUUUUGGCGCCAAUUUGAUAUCGUAAUCACAGAUUAAUUAUCAAAUUGGCGCCAAAGCCAAGCGUUAUCUUUUUUUUAAGAAUAACACUCGAAUGUUGCCAGUAUUUUCCUAAAGAUUUCGUUACACGGAGAAAAUAUCAUAAGACAUUUUCGACAAUAGAGAUAUACACGGCUUUAUUAGAAUGAUGUUUCUUGAAUAUUUGUAUGUAAAAAAAUCAACCAUUCCUCUAUUGCUCAAUUGUUUUGCGUUGACAAUACCAAAAUCUGUAUCACGUAAUGCAAUUCCGUUCUUAUUGUAAGUUUGUAUUGUUUAAAAAGCUGAUUUGACUAAUAACUUAAUAGUAACACUAAAUUGGCAUCUUCUAAGGAAGUCUAUUACUUUUUUUUUUUAUAAGACUAAAAGUAAAAUGCCUUUUUAAUGUUAUCUAACCAUUGACUGACUUCUUUAUCUACUUUUUAUAAUGAUGUUUUAAUACUCGUAUAUCUGUUUUACUUAUCUGAAAAUAUGUUUUUAUUUGAUAGAUUUAUGUCCUAUAUUUUUGGGAACAUUUUUUUCCCCAUAUAAAGAUGUUUUUCCCAGAAACGAGUUUAGAAAAUCAAUAUUAUGUUUACAAGUUUUUUUUUUUUUUCUUUUUAAUUGGUAUGAGUUUUAAAGCAUCAUUAAUGUAAAUUUGUAAAUAAUUAAAUCAUUCCUCUAUACCAACAAUAUGUUUAUACCAAACAUUUUGCCAGUUUUGUUCUAUUUAAUUUUUUUUUGUAUAAUAUUAUUAUGAUGGCAAUACUGAGAUACAUAUACUGUGUAUUAUAAAUAAUUUAGUAAAAAAAAGAAUACUAACUUAAAAAUCUAUUUGGAACGUCUUUUAUGUUAAUUAAUAUAACGUGUCUAUGUUACAUAUAAUUGACAUUACAAAUUGAUGUUUUUGUGUAUUAUAUUUUUUGUUAAAAAGUACAAGACUUCUCAGACGACUCAUGUAUGGCCCACUUAAGACGAAAUAUUGUACAAUUAAGGAUGGGUAAUAUAUAACUGUAUCUAUGUAUUUUAGUUGCAAUAUCUGUAUAUCGACUCAAGAAUGGAUAUAUUAUAUAUCGUUGGCAAAAUACCCUAAUAUCGGGGUGAACGCCACAAAAAAAGAAAAAAAAAAAAAAUUAUAUAUCGUCUAUUUAAUAUAUAAUAUUGAAAUGAAUCCGAUUGAAAUAUUUACCCAUUUAUAAAUCUUAACAUCUGUCAUACGUCUGAGGUGUAGAGAAAGAGACACAUAAUUGGCUGUAUGACAAUUGUAUGUAGAAUGUCAUACAACGAACUAUGUGUUAGAGUGACACGUGAAUACUCUGUAGUAGUUAUGUUAAAAAAAAUUCAUUAUCUAUGGUCUACAGUUCGUGUGAUAUAUAUAGUGUUUCUAUCUCAGUCACUCGCGUUCAAUACGCGAACAUCUAUCUAUCUCUUUUCAGGCGGUCAACUAACCGAUUUAAUCUAAAACCCCUGAUUUAGAUUUACGAGUAAAUAAAUAUACUUAUUUGUGAAUUUCAGACCCGUACAAUAAGUCCCUAUGUUUCUUUUUUUGUUUAAUAGGAAAUAUGAUCUAGAAUCUCGCCUUAAUAAUUAUACAAUUUAUUUAUUUAUAAUACAAGAAAGAGUCAGCUGUGAGUGUGCGCGUGAGUGAAUAAGAAUGAUUGUCAAUGAGAGAGCAGCUACCUCUUUCGUUCACAUAACCAAAAUACCAAAACAGUGUGACCAGUAAAAUAAAAAAAAAAACACCACGAUUAAUUCACAAGCCAAAUCUAAAAUAAGUUUUUAAGGGAAAGAUAAUUGUAAAUAUAUGACGUAAUUAUGAUGGUGUGUUGAUACAUAACCAGAAUUUAUAUAUAUUUGAAUUCAAAUCCUAAAAUUCUUGUAAUAAAAAAAAAACUUAAAAUGCUCUUAUUUCGCUCUAAAAACUAUAACAUACUAAUGGUUUUAUAUGCUUCUGUGGUCUUGAAAAUACAUGUAAAAAUUAUGUCUUAAGAGAGCGUUCCAAAAUUAAAAUUGAACAUUUUCCAAGAAUUUAAUACGAAGUGAUUCCCAUACAAAGUCGCCUAAUAUUUUUCAAUUUCUCACCUGAACUCUAACCUUAAAGUUCAAUUGAAAAAUGAAAGUUAUGAGAAACUAAAAAAAGUAAGAAAAAAAAAGUAAAAAAAUCCUUUUUUCAACUUUCUUCUUUUAAAUUACAUUUAUAGUGAACAAAUAAAAAAAAAAUUAAAUCGAUCAAGCAUUAAAAAACUAAACUACAGUACAGAUUUUGAUAUUAUGUCUAUGGGACCAGUCUGUAAGCCUGAUUUUGAUCCUUUCAGAUGAAAAAAGAUUUUUCCAAAUCGGUAUACGACUGAUGGAGUUAUGAGGUAAAAAAAAACCGAAUUCAGAAUCUGCUUCUUUUUUAAGUCGAUUGAUAAUUGACAUAAUCUGUGAAUUUAUUUGAUUAUUUCUUUCUUUAAUUCUCGUUUUACAAGAAUGAAUGAAUGAGUAUACUUUAUCUGCAUUAUACAAUAUAGGGAAUAAGCAAGACAAUUCAUAAAUGUAACGAUACAAUUGUACAAGUACAGUAAGGCGGUCUUAUUGCUGAGAGCAAUCUUUACAAGACAGCCUUAGGGUUAUUUUUGAGUAUGUAUCAACACGUCAUAGACCAAGUUUCAUGUGAUAUGACUUUGUUUUUUUUUUUUCAAUUUUUGUUUUUUUUUCGAGCUUGGUCAGUGUACAGCGUUGUCAUCUAGUCCUUAGUAAUUUAUUUCUUUUUUAUUAUUAUUAUUUUGAGAAAAAAAAAUGCAUUCUUUGUAAACGAUGUUGGAAUUUAGAUUAAGUUUUCGAAUAAAAUGAUUAUUGAAUUA